GGAUGUAUGACAACAUGUCCACCAUGGUGUACAUAAAGGAAGACAAGUUGGAGAAGCUCACACAGGAUGAAAUCAUCUCCAAGACGAAGCAGGUAAUCCAGGGGCUGGAGGCACUGAGGAAUGAGCACAACUCCAUCUUGCAGAGUCUGCUGGAGACGCUCAAGUGCUUGAAGAAGGAUGAUGAGAGCAACCUGGUGGAGGAGAAGUCCAGCAUGAUCCGCAAGUCCCUGGAGAUGCUGGAGCUCGGCCUGAGUGAGGCGCAGGUGAUGAUGGCUUUGUCAAAUCACCUGAACGCCGUGGAGUCAGAGAAGCAGAAACUUCGUGCACAGGUUCGUCGUCUGUGCCAGGAGAAUCAGUGGCUGCGGGAUGAGCUGGCCAAUACCCAGCAGAAGUUACAGAAGAGUGAGCAGUCGGUGGCACAGCUGGAGGAGGAGAAGAAACACCUAGAGUUCAUGAACCAGCUGAAGAAGUAUGACGACGAUAUUUCCCCCUCGGAGGACAAAGACACUGAUUCUGCCAAAGAGCCCUUGGAUGACCUGUUUCCAAAUGAUGAGGAUGACCCAGGCCAAGGAAUCCAGCAGCAGCACAGCAGUGCAGCCGCCGCUGCCCAGCAGGGCGGCUACGAGAUCCCCGCACGGCUGCGCACGCUCCACAACCUGGUGAUCCAGUAUGCCUCGCAGGGGCGCUAUGAAGUUGCUGUGCCCCUCUGCAAGCAGGCCCUGGAGGACCUGGAGAAGACUUCUGGCCAUGACCACCCUGAUGUGGCCACCAUGCUCAACAUCCUGGCCCUGGUGUACAGGGACCAGAACAAAUACAAAGAUGCAGCUAAUCUCCUGAAUGAUGCCUUGGCCAUCCGUGAGAAAACUCUGGGCAAGGACCAUCCUGCGGUGGCUGCAACUCUGAACAACCUUGCAGUCCUGUAUGGCAAACGCGGGAAGUAUAAGGAGGCUGAGCCGCUGUGUAAGAGAGCCCUGGAGAUCAGAGAAAAGGUCCUGGGGAAAGAUCAUCCUGACGUUGCCAAGCAGUUGAAUAACCUGGCCUUACUAUGCCAGAACCAGGGAAAGUAUGAAGAGGUGGAAUAUUAUUACCAAAGGGCCCUGGAGAUCUACCAGACAAAACUGGGCCCUGAUGACCCCAACGUGGCCAAGACCAAGAACAACCUGGCAUCCUGCUAUCUGAAACAAGGAAAGUUCAAACAAGCAGAAACACUGUACAAAGAGAUUCUCACUCGAGCACACGAGCGGGAGUUUGGUUCUGUGGAUGAUGAAAAUAAGCCUAUUUGGAUGCAUGCUGAAGAAAGAGAAGAGUGCAAAGGAAAGCAGAAGGAUGGAACGUCCUUUGGAGAGUACGGGGGCUGGUACAAGGCCUGCAAAGUGGAUAGCCCGACUGUCACGACCACUUUGAAGAACCUUGGGGCACUUUACCGACGUCAGGGGAAAUUUGAAGCUGCAGAAACAUUAGAAGAAGCCGCCAUGAGGUCACGUAAGCAGGGUCUCGACACUGUGCACAAACAGAGAGUGGCUGAAGUGCUCGGCGACCCCGAGAGCACGGAGAAGCGGCGCAGCCGGGAGAGCCUCAGCUCGGACGUGGUCAAGUACGAAAGCGGUGCCGACGGAGGGGAGGAAGUGAGUAUGAGCGUAGAGUGGAACGGGAUGAGAAAAAUGAAGCUCGGGCUGGUUAAGUGACUUGUGCAGCGUCCUAUGGCCUAGCGCCCGUGGGCCUCUGCUCCUGCACGACGGGCGGCCUCUCCGUCCUUCUCUCUCCGGCACUGCCCGCUGUGUCGCGGCCCCUAGGAGCUUGGCAGAGCUGCACCUCUGACUGGCCGUUCCUUUCGGUGCUGCUGUCCUCUUGGGGGUUUCCGAUUUCUGUAUACAUGUAGCUUUGCCAGAUAUGUACUUAGUAAUUCCCACUGUAUUAAUAAACUCCACUUACUGUGUACUACGCGAGUUUAAAGUAAGAGCGAUCAGCUGUUCCUUCUGAUAACAGGUAGUUAGUGUCACACAGGUGUCCCUACAGUGGCAUGAUGGUGACCUGUGGACAGUCGCUGAGCUGUAGGAGUCAGGCAUGUGCUGCACGUCCCGUGGUACUUAGAGACCUGGUGACGCCCUGCCCCGGGGCCUACCCAGGACACGCUGAAGUAGAUAUUGUGUAGUCUGUGUGAAGUUUUGCAAUUCUGCUUUUCUCUACUAAUCUUUCAAGUGCUCAGUGAUGUGUGUAUCUGUCCUUCUAACUCCUAAUAAACUCACUCCAACUGACCUGUG